AUUUUGUAAUGCUCAUGUAGGAAAUAUAAAAUAUUGAAAUAUUUUGACAAUUAAACGUGAAUUGUGUAAAGGAAUAAGCUAAUCAGAUGCAGAUACAUGUACAAAAAACAAAGGUAAAAACAAAGAGAGUGUCACAACAAGGCAUAGAAUCUCCAAGACUUUCUCACAUCCAGUUUCUUGAUGAUUAACAUAGUCAGACUAUCAUUAAAUAGAACAUGGAAGAAAUUAACAUUGAAGCAGGCAAUGGUUUUGUUCAUCCUUAGCUUUGUAUUUAUCAAUGAAUAUGUCGUAUACGUCAUACAAGAAUGGAGGUGGGCAAAAGUAAGGCCUUUAAGACACUCAGAGGAUGAAGUGAGAUUACUUUUGGUUGGAGACCCACAGAUCCAGGGCUACAAUGGGGAACCCCCAACCAUUAUUGGCUCAAUUACAAGAUGGGAUUCAGACAGAUAUUUGCGCAGCACAUUCAGACAGGCAAGCAACUAUGUGAAACCUGAUGCUGUCUUAUUCUUGGGUGACCUCAUUGAUGAGGGAAGCCAGGCACAAGAUGAACAUUACAGCGAAUAUGUCGAUAGAUUUAAAGAAAUAUUCAAGUCACCAACAAAUGUUGAAAAUAUAUAUGUGAGUGGAGAUAAUGACGUUGGUGGAGAAGGGGGUGAUUUUAAAACUAAAGUAAAAGUUCAAAGAUAUGAAAAAUACUUUGGAAACAGUGUAGCAGUCCAAAAAGUCAAGUUCCUUGAUUUUAUAAAGGCUGACUAUGAUUUUAUAACUAGUUGGAAUGACACAGCCGACAAAGCCAAACACCUAGUCAAGCUACUUUCUGGAAGGUUUCGUAUAAUUCUGAAUCACCAUGGAAUCCUAGAGCGCUUCAAAAGAGAGCUUUAUCCGCGAAGUGAAUGGAGGAAAGGAAUGAAAUACAAAUACAAAGACAAAUGGAUUUCUCAACCUAUUGUAAAGAUGUUCUCACCUAAUUUUAUAUUCUCUGCACACUUACAUCUGCCAACAAUUCACAUUUGCACAGACUGCACAGAAUUGGAUAAAGAGAAAUACCAGUGGGAGGGGAAUACAUUAACUGAUGUACCUGAUCAAAUCAAGUUUGACCUGAACAGUCCGAAUCUUGUUGAGAUUAUCCAACCUACAUGCAGUUACAGAAUGGGUGUUCCAGAAAUGGCAUAUGGAGUAGCAGUCAUAGAUAAAAAUGGUGCCUUGGAAUAUACAUUACUUUGGUUGCCAUCACGUUACAUUCAACUCUACCUCUAUUUGGCCUUAACAAUAUGUGUGAUCGUAGUGGUGCUUUUCAAACUCUGCAUAUCCAAAAUUUGGCCGAAUUCCAGGAAACAAACAUUUUAUGGAAGAACUCCUUAGUUCGAUGACUUGACACAUCAAGUAUCCAGCAGGUAUCCAGUAUCGUAUCAAAAAGUUAUUCAACGGAUGGAAGCUCAUGUAGAUAUGAUCUGAUGUUAUCAGUUUUCAAUGAUGUUUGUGUAUUUCAAUGCAAUUCAGAAUUUAACAUCCCAGAAAACAAUUUCCGGAUGGAAACCUCAUUAAUCAUCAUGCAGCAAUGAUUUGAAGCAACUAACUGUAUCCUUGAAAUAUGAUGUGGUUGCCAAUCAUGCCAGGAUUGUUCCUCAUAUGGUGCAUUUUUUAUUCUCAAAUGAAUGUUUAUACCUGUAUAAUGUAAAUAAUUUUACAAACAUAUCCAAAAGUUAGUAAAAUUAUACGAAGACAUUUAGUUAGUAAAUUCCAGUUUGAAAUGUUAUUCACAUACAUGGUGUAUUGACUAUUAAUUACAUUCUUCUUAAUGAUGCAUUGACUAUUAC